AUGGCGAAGAAAGGGAUAUUGGGUCUCUUCAGCCAAAAGAAAACCAGCGGCUCUCCCAAGGAACGCGCCCGUCGCCACGGACUGGUGCUGCUGGGAGAACACCUCAGCUUGUUGGCAGGGAAAGAACACAUUCUGCUGCCGUUGACAUGGCUGCCCCACCCUAACCCUCAGGCCAAACCACCCGUGCCCGACCGCAAGUCACUUGGUCCGUUGCCGCUGCCACUGCCGCGUCACAAGCGCAUCGUCUCCACGGUGGAAGAAACGCUCAUGGGUCCCGACGACUCCUGGGACGACCUGCAAUCGGAGAUUGUGCCGUUGGCUCUGGUCGCCGAGGACGUCGUCAUCUCGUUCGACCCUAAGCGCAGCCUGACUCUGCCGUCGCUUCUGCCUCUGACAAUGCCAAUGACCCCAACCACCCCGGCUUCCUCGAGAAUGGGCACGGGGAUUGCCGACGACGACCGCCUGCCCCAGACAGUCACGUCAUUCCUGGAUCCACCGCGUAUGCCGUCACUCACCUCAUCAUCGCCAAAACUCCCCACAGUGCUGGAGUCGCCGUUGGACGAAGACGAUGCCGGGGCGAUAACAGUGUCGCCGGUUAUCCCCCGCCGCCACCUGGCUCGGGGUCAAAUGCCCUUGAGGCGCCUCAGUCUCAGAUCUCCCGAAGUCAAUACUGGAACUACAGCCUCCCCCGCGGCAUCCCCGAAGCCCACUGCCAUUGGCAGCCUUAGCCAACGCUACGCCGGCGGCGUGGUGCCGCCAACGUCUCUGCUCCCAGCAGCCAAAGCACCGUCAACACUGACGAAGGACCCAUCGCCAACCUCAACUGCGUCACUGGAAUUACUUCCUCCUCAUGAUUUACACCCCUCAGCGGAGAACCUUGAUGGAAUCUCUGACUUUGACAUAACAUCACGCCACGUUGAAACCUAUCAGUCAGCAGCCAAACCCCAAAUGGUUGAGGUCCCUAGAAGUCCCACAAUUGACCAAUCAGACCUCGCAGGAGUGUCUAAUAUAGAAGUUGUUGAUGUGGGGAUGGGCUUUGGUAGUGAGAGCGAUGACUCUGGCGUCAUCAAACCCCAGACGGUCAGCGUGCCUCCCGAAUUGCCUCGCGAUCUUCCUCUGGCAUCGCUGAUGGCACUGGACCUUUACCGUGAAGCUUACAUGCAACUCAUGGAAAAGUACAACCUUACCGUUGAGCGUCACCGCAAGGAGGUUGCUCUGCUACAAUCUCUGCUUGAACAAGAACGUGAGAAAUCCAAGCACCUUAUGCGGGUGAUGACUUCCCGCGGGCUGGGGUCAUCACCUCUGCCUCGCGAUAAGGUUCGCUCCAAGUUUAUCGUGCCUUUAGAAAUUGUGAGGCUGCCUGAGCUGGGUACUAGCGACGAAUCCUUGGACCCGCAGGGGGUUCAUGAAUGCCUGACACUGACUCCUCUCGACGUUACUCUGAGUGAGGAAACAGAUAAUCUUGACAAACGAACAACCGCUUACUUCACAGCAAGACUGGGACUGUCGAAAACUGACCUUGCUGACACUGACGUUCAAGAGCCCGCGACCGAUGUCGCUAAAGCUGACCCUAAAGCACCAGCUUUGGCUCAAAGCGUUGAGCUCGUUCAUAUGCAACUGGUGCUCAACCAGCCCUACGAGGAGGAAGACGACGAAGUCCUGCUGGUAGAUGACAUUUUCGAUUUUGACGUCACCGCCGCCGUAGCAUUUGAGGAGCUGGACUCCAACAUGACGACGCCGGAAGCGUGUACCACUGACAAAUUUUAA